CCAAGGGCCCAUCAGUUUGCCGAGCGACUGGCUAUCGUCAGCGUCGAUCCCCCUCGUGCUUCCCUUCUUCUUUGCUUUGGGCGAAAAAAUUCGGAACAAAAGAAUAACGAACAACAAAGAAAGCACCACCGGACACGCAACGGAGGAGGGGAAUGACGAGGAAAACCGGGAUACCAGUCGAUCGAGCGAGUUUGGCCAAGAAGUAUAACGAGGGAGCACCGGCAGGGAGUCAUAUACGCAGCAGCUCUGGCUAGCCACCAGCAAUAUGGGACUCGUCAACGGUAGACCCUCGUCGAACCACGAUCCCGACUCAGUGACCUGCGACUCGGCACAUGUCGGUGAUUCAACGCCCGUGGAGCCUUACCGAUCGCCGAGAAAAUCGGCUCCCAGCCAGAUGCAGGCUCCGGACGAUGAUGGUGGUCAACCUAAGGGCACCUGGGCCACGAUAUCUCAACUGGCGACGGCCAACCGACAACUCGCUGCAUCCCACGGCCUCGUCCUCGAGCAGUGCCGCGUCCUCGUGGCCAGGGCACUCGACGGCACUGGCAAACCGCAGAGUCGCAGAGUGUCGGGGAAGAGACCGAGGAGAGCGGCCACGAGACAGGGGGAGUCAAAGCCACGGGAGAGGAGGAUGAGCGAGGGGCUGGCGCGGGACCUGGAGCACCAGAGGCUGCUCGUCGAGCGGCUGACGCGGGACUUGGAGGAGUCGGAGCGGCAGUGCAGGGAGAAGGACGAGAGCUUGGAGGAGCUGAGGAGGUCGGGGCUCGAGAGGGCGAGGCUGCUCGAGACAUUCCAAUGCGAGGAGGAGAAGAGGCAGCGGGACGAGGAAGCUAGAAGCAACAGCGGCACAGCGAACGAGGAGUUCAGGAGGGAGCUGGCCCUGAAGCGCGAGGCGAGGCAACGCGCCAUCGCCAAGAUAUCCUCGGACAUGGAGGGCAUCAGGAGCGAGUUGGAGGCCGAGAGGCAAGCCCACUCGGAGACCACGAGGCUACUCGAGCAGGCCAACUUGGCCGAGGCCGAGGCCACGGAGCACGUGGAAGUUCUCAGGCUACUCGACCUCCUGAAGGUGUCGGACGAGGUGAGCUUGAACUUGCGUCUGCAGCUGGAGCGCACGGACGACCUGCGCUUCCGGUUGGAGAGCGAUGCCGAGGGGAACGAGGAUCGCAUAGGGAUUCUGGGCCGGAUGGGGGAGGAGGGCCGGGAGAGGUUGCGGGAGCGUAGGCGUCAGACGGCGGGGCUGAAGGACCGGCUGGCACAGCUGCUCACCAGGUUGGCCGAGGCGCCGAGGUUGCGGCUGCUCGCCGAGACGGACGAGAUACGCCGCGAGGCCGAGUCCCAAUUGGGCGACAUUGCCCGGGCGCGGCAGCUCUGCGACGAGAGGUCCCGCAUGCUCAUGGACUUGAGGGAGGAGCGCUCGCGACAGGUGGCCGAGCUCAGGGCCGAGAACGCGAGUCUCGCCCAGGACAAACGAAGCCUGGAGGAGGAGCUCGGGAAGACCGAGGACAAGGUCGACAGCCAGGACAGCGAGAUACUGAGCCUCGAGUCCCAACUGGGGCUCGCAAAGGCCGACUGCCGGGACCUGCAGAACCAGAUGACCCUCAUAAACAGCCUCUUCAGCCAGAUGCUGCUCGGCGCCUCGUCCCUCGACCUCGACCGGCUGACUCGUCUACUACAGGAGAACCACGACCUGAUAACCGGCAUGGCCAAGGAAAAGGGCACCGAAGCCGCAGCCCUGCCCAAACUGCUGCUCGACAUUGUCGAACAGGUGGACGGACGGGAUCGCGACGACUGCGACGACGGGCGCAAGGGCGAGGACGAGCUCCAGGAGGAAAGCAUCGCCGACAACCUCCCAAAGGUGUGGCGCAUCCUGCUGGAGUUGCUGAGCUGCCAGCAAGCCACGGACACCCCGGAGCACGGGGCGGCCAACUCGUUGUUGGAGUCGUCGCCCGACAGCUGCUACAAGUCCGUGGACACGCCGACCGGCCCGCAGCUCGUCAUAUCGGUCAGCAAGACGUACAUCCGGCUCAAGGAGCUCAUACUCGAGAAGAAGCUCGUCGAGAAGGAGAUGAACCGCAUGAAGCAGCUCAACAGCCACCUCGAGACAAAGCUCUCCGAGCAGGAGCAAAGGCUGUCGAUCGUGUCGUCCGAGCUGAGCAAGACGUGGAACGUGGUCGGGCGAAUGCAGGCGCAGCACCAGCAGUUGCACACCCACGAGAAGAUAUUGCGCUACGAGCUCCAGCAAAAGAGGAAGAUAUUGCAGGAGUUGAAGCAAGAGCUCGAGUAUUGCAGGGUCAAGUGGGAAUCGGCCCGCCAAAAGAACACCAACACCGAGAUCGAGUGGAACAGCUUGCGCAGGGAGUUUGCCGCAAGGAAGGCCCUGGUGUCGCACGCGAGCGCCUUCAGCAACAGCGGUGAGAGCGGAUUCAGCGACGAGAGGGAGGAAGAGUCCGACGAGGAGGACGACAGGGAUGUGAUCGGCAAGCGAGUCAGGCCACGCAGGCGAUCGAAAAAGGACGGCGCGAGGGUGAUGUCACCCGACACGGAGUCCGAGCUGCCAACCGACACGGAAUUCUCCGAGUCCAAGGUAACUUCGCCGUCGACCACGUCGGGACAGCAGACCCCGGCACCCGCGGAGUCAGAUCCCACUGGUGCUACGACGAUCGGCACCGUAGAUGCGCCGAUCGACCCGCUGGACAAGGCCCUCGCCGAGGUGAUAGAGGACCUCCUGGAGACGGACGAGGUGGCGACACCGGUGUUCAGCAUAGGCCCGAUUCCCGUGCGACCGGUAGUCGCGAGCGGUGAAACGUCCCAGUUUGGUUCGGCGCUGCCGGUGCGAGAGGGGACGACGGCACUCGACGCCAGGGCGGCUCGGCUCAAGAGCCUCGAGGAGCAGGCGGAGUGGCUGGUCAGGAAAGUUAACGACACGAACCGACGGGGCUCGGCUCUGAGUACGAGGCUGGAGGAGCUCCACGAGGCGUACGGGCCCGCCCCAGUGGCUCCCCCGAUGCCGGACGUUCUGCCCGUCGUUAGGCUGCAGUCGGAGCUGGUGGACGCCGCUGCUAAAAACGGGGAUGGCCCAAGGGAGGCUCCAGCCGACGAUUGAUAUGAUUUACCUUGCGAUGCGUUUUUUUUUUUUUUUUUUUUUUUUUUGGUGACUUACUUGCAUAGCCCUCCUUCCGUCCGACUUUACUGCGCGAGUGUGUGCGAUCGAUUUUUAACCGACUGUAUUUUUUACAUCGUACCAUCGCCGCGACCCGUUGACGAAAGAACGAACCGAUAAUGUUAUCAAUACCCGUUGCAGCGAUGUUUUUCUGGAAACGAAGAAACAAAUCGUUUCUCGCUGGGUACAUUGUAUUUUACGCAUAUUUGAAUAAAAAAAUCAUCGAGCGAU